AUGCCCCAUAUAACAGUGAGCACUAAACGAGAAACAGGAGCUCCUGUUCACCUGUUUUACGAAACAUUUGGUAGUGGUUCGACCAAGAUUUUAUAUAUCGGGGGACUAGGUGCAAUAUCUCGUCAAUGGGACUUACAAGUUGAUUAUUUCAAACAAUUCCCAGAGUUCGAGCAGUGCGUGUAUGACAAUCGUGGAUCUGGAUAUUCAAGCUCGCCGGCUGGUCGAUACAAAACUACCGAAAUGGCUCUAGACGCCCUGGAGCUUCUCGACCAUUUGGGCUGGAAACAAGCUCACAUUGUGGGACUUUCAUUGGGCGGAAUGAUCUCCCAGGAGUUAGCAUAUAUCGCUAGGCAUCGCAUCGCUAGUAUGACACUCGUGAGCACCUAUGCCUAUUUCAGUGGACUACCUUGGGAAGGCGUCAAAAACAUGGCCUUUCCAGUCACAUAUAGCGAUGUUUCUGGGUUUGCCAAAACUGUUUGUGAGCUAUUGUUUCCCCAACAAUGGCUGGCCUUGCAAUCGUCGUCAGGAAAUGCGACAAAUCGAGAAUAUAUGAGGGCUUGGUUUGAGGAAAGAUUCAACAAGACUGGGAUCCAGACUAAAUUUGGAAGAUCAGGCCAACAAAAUGCUGCUCUGACCCAUUAUAUGUCGCCUAAACGACUGAAGGCCGUGAAGAAUUCGGGGAUUCCGAUAUUGGUUAUGACUGGUGACCAAGAUAAUGUUCUUGUGCAGCCAUCUUCAAGUAAGUAUCUGGCUGAUUCGCUCGGCGGACGGCUAGAAGUCUUUAUUGGUGGUGGCAAAUUAUGUAUCGAAGUCGGCAGUGACUCAAAGAUAGCCUUCAUAUCUGAAGACUUAUGUAUUGGUUGUGGUAUCUGCACCAAAAAGUGUCCUUUUGGGGCAAUCCACAUCAUCAACUUGCCUACAAAUCUGGAAAAAGAUACUACCCAUCGCUACUCGGCGAACAGUUUUAAAUUGCAUCGUCUGCCCGUACCACGUCCUGGUCAAGUACUGGGUCUCGUCGGAACAAACGGUAUCGGAAAGAGUACAGCACUCAAGAUAUUGGCUGGAAAGCUCAAGCCGAAUCUCGGUCGAUUCGAGGAACCACCAGAUUGGGAAGACAUUCUAAAGCAUUUCAGAGGCUCAGAGCUGCAAAACUACUUUACAAAGAUAUUGGAAGACAAUCUCAAGGCAAUCAUCAAACCACAAUACGUGGACAAUAUACCUAAAGCUGUAAAAGGCAAAGUAGAAGAAUUAUUGAAAGGAAAGACAGAAAUGGAUAAUCAUAAAGACAUGAUCCUUCAAUUGGAUUUGAAGGAAGUCUUGGAGCGAGACGUACAAAACUUGUCGGGUGGAGAACUACAACGAUUUGCUAUUGCCAUGUGUUGUGUACAAAGAGCAGACAUAUACAUGUUUGAUGAACCAUCCAGUUACUUGGAUGUCAAGCAACGUUUGAAUGCUGCCAGAGUUAUAAGAUCGCUGUUACAGCCCAAAUGUUAUGUCAUUGUCGUUGAACAUGAUCUGAGUGUUCUCGAUUAUCUAUCAGAUUUCAUUUGUGUCCUUUAUGGCAUGCCUAGUGCUUAUGGUGUCGUCACUCUACCAUUCGGAGUCAGAGAGGGAAUCAACAUCUUCUUGGAUGGAAGAGUACCAACAGAAAACUUGAGAUUCCGUGAUGAAUCCUUGACGUUUAGAUUGGCUGAAACUGCUGAUGAUCAAGUAAUUGAGACGCAUCGAAGAUACGCCUAUCCGGCUAUGAAGAAGACUCUAGGUGACUUCUCGUUGGAGGUCCAACCAGGAGGAUUCACAGACUCUGAAAUUCUCGUCAUGUUGGGAGAGAAUGGAACAGGAAAGACUACCUUCAUUCGUAUGUUGGCCGGUUUACUCAAAGCUGACGGGAAUGAGCAAGUACCUGAACUGAAUGUCAGUUACAAGCCACAGAAGAUUAGUCCAUCCUUCCCGGGUACUGUCCGAAUGCUACUAAUCAAAAAAAUCAAGGCCAUGUUCAUGCACCCGCAAUUCCAAACCGAUGUAGUAAAACCACUGCAAAUCGAAAACAUUAUCGAUCAAGAAGUCACCAAUUUAUCUGGUGGUGAACUGCAACGUGUUGCAAUAGUAUUAGCAUUAGGUCAACCCGCCGAUAUAUAUUUGAUUGAUGAACCAUCUGCAUAUUUGGAUUCCGAACAACGUAUUAUUGCCGCCAAGGUCAUCAAAAGGUUUAUCCUGCACUCUAAAAAGACCGCAUUUAUUGUUGAGCACGAUUUUAUUAUGGCCACUUAUCUGGCUGAUCGUGUUAUUGUGUAUGAUGGUCAACCUGGUGUGAAUGCUAGGGCACUAUCACCUGAACCCUUGUUGACUGGAAUGAACCGAUUCUUGAAGCAUUUGGAAAUCACAUUUAGACGUGAUCCUUCCAACUUCAGACCUCGUAUCAACAAGUCUGAGUCGGUCAAGGAUAAGGAACAAAAGAGUGCUGGACAAUACUUCUUCUUGGAAGACUAA